UGUAUUACUGCCUCACCAAACUGUACAGCAUAUAUUCCACGAGAAGAGAGACCUUAUCAAUGGGAAAUUACAAAUCAAGACCAUCUCAGACGUGCACAGAUGAGUGGAAGAAGAAAGUGGGCGAGUCGUACGCUGUGAUCGUAGAGAAGUUGAAAGACGAUCUCCAGCUCAAAGAAAAUGAGAUCGUGGAGCUCAAACUGGCUUUCAGCUCUGAUGAAGCCUUUCAGAAGGUGAACUUGAGCUACCGAACAGAGAAGGGACUGUCGCUGCUGCAUCUCUGCUGCGUAUGUGGAGGUAACAAGACCCACAUCCGCACCCUGAUGCUCAAAGGCCUGCGUCCUUCCAGACUGUCCAGGAAUGGAUUCACUGCGCUCCACCUGGCUGCAUACAAGGACAAUGCUGAGCUGUUGACCGCACUUCUCCACGGCGGGUCGGACGUGCAGCAGGUGGGCUACGGUGCCCUCACUGCCCUGCAUGUCGCCACGUUGGCUGGACACCACGAGGCAGCAGAUAUACUCCUGCAGCACGGAGCGAAUGUGAAUGUUCAGGAUGCUGUGUUUUUCACCCCACUGCAUAUUGCUUCUUAUAACAGCCAUGAGCAGGUGGCGAAGCUGCUGCUCAAGUUUGGGGCAGAUGUGAAUGCUAGCGGUGAGGUAGGUGACCAGCCUCUGCACCUGGCUGCAGCCAAGGGUUUCCUCAGCAUCAUCAAGCUCCUGAUGGGGGAAGGGACCAAAGCUAAUAUAAAUGCUCAGGACAACGAAGAUCACGUCCCUCUGCACUUCUGCGCCCGCUUCGGACACCAUGAGAUUGUUCGUUUCCUCCUGCAGGGCAACUUUGACGUGCAGCCUCACUCUGUCAACAUCUACGGAGACACACCAUUACACAUGGCCUGCUACAAUGGAAAGUUUGAGGCGGCGAAGGAGAUUAUACAGCUUUCCGGCACAGACAGCCUGUCGAAGGAGAACAUAUUCAGCGAGACUGCACUUCACAGUGCGUGCACCUACGGUAAAGACCUGGAGAUGGUGAAGUUCUUGUUAAGCCAGAACGCUAUGAGCAUCAACAAUCAGGGCAGAGAUGGACACACAGCUCUACACAGUGCCUGUUUUCACGGCCACAUCCGCCUGGUGCAGUUCUUGCUGGACAGCGGGGCAGACAUGAACCUGGUGGCCUGCGACCCCAGCAGGUCCAGUGGGGAGAAGGACGAGCAGACCUGCCUGAUGUGGGCCUAUGAAAAAGGUCAUGAUGCCAUUGUCACAUUACUGAAACACUACAAACGUCCAGACGACUCCCCCUGCAACGAGUACUCACAGCCGGGAGGGGAUGGGUCCUACGUUUCUGUCCCGUCUCCGCUGGGAAAGAUCAAAAGCAUGACUAAAGAGAAAGCUGAAGUUCUGCUGCUCAGGGCCAGCCUCCCAUCUCAUUACCAUCUUCAGCUGUCUGAGCUGGAGUUCAAAGAAAUUAUUGGAUCAGGCUCCUUUGGAAAAGUCUACAGAGGCAAAUGCAGAAACAAAAUUGUUGCCAUAAAACGCUAUCGAGCCAACACGUACUGCUCCAAGUCAGACGUGGACAUGUUCUGCAGAGAGGUCUCCAUCCUCUGUCGCCUCAACCACCCCUGUAUCAUCCAGUUUAUGGGGGCGUGUCUCGACGACCCCAGCCAGUUCGCCAUCGUAACCCAGUACGUCUCUGGAGGCUCUCUGUUCUCUCUGCUGCACGAGCAGAAGAGGCUCAUCGACCUGCAGUCAAAGCUCGUCAUUGGCAUCGACGUGGCCAAGGGCAUGGAGUACCUGCACAACCUCACCCAGCCCAUCAUCCACAGGGACCUGAACAGCCACAACAUUCUGCUGUAUGAGGACGGCCAUGCAGUGGUGGCUGAUUUUGGAGAAUCUAGAUUCCUACAAUCUGUGGGUGAGGACAACAUGACCAAGCAGCCGGGGAACCUGCGUUGGAUGGCUCCCGAGGUGUUCACCCAGUGCACUCGCUACUCUGUGAAGGCAGACAUGUUCAGCUACGCCCUCUGUCUGUGGGAGCUGCUUACUGGAGAAAUUCCCUUCGCUCACUUGAAACCAGCUGCUGCAGCAGCAGACAUGGCCUAUCAUCACAUCCGGCCUCCUGUUGGCUACUCCAUCCCCAAACCCAUCUCUGCUCUUCUGAUGAGAGGCUGGAACGCCUGCCCAGAGGACAGGCCCGAGUUCUCUGAAGUGGUUUCCAACCUGGAGGAAUGCUUGUGCAAUGUUGAGCUGAUGUCUCCAGCCUCCAGUAACAGCAGUGGCUCCCUGUCGCCCUCCUCCUCCUCUGACUGUCUGCUCGGGCCAGGAGGACCCGGUCGCAGCCACGUGACCGCCCUGCGCUCCCGCUUCGAGCUGGAGUACGCUCUCAACUCUCGCGCCUACGCCUUCUGGACUCAGAGUGAGCGGCGUCGAGCAUCCGGAGGCCUUUCACUGGAGGAACUCAGAAGGAACAUGCAGUUUUCUCCCAUUGAUCGAAAUGGCUACGUGUCUGACCCCAUGAGCACCAUGAGAGUCUGCUCUUCUUACAGCAGCAGUGGCAGCUUUGAGGACAGUAACUAAUAUCACCAUAUGACCAUAUUAAUGCAGACAUUCAUGCCUGUUGUUGACAGUUCAUUUUAAGUAUAACUGUAUCAAUAGAUUAGUGGAUAUUGCUAACUUGCAAAAAACAAUUUGUAGUUUGUUGUAGCAUACUGUAUUUGUAUGACUUGUAUAUGAAUUUAUAAUACAUUGUUAGUUCCCAAUAUCUCUAGGCUUGUGUUAUAGGUUUGUUUGUACAUUAUGUAAACAUUUUGUUGAUGCUUUCGUUUGUAAAUACUGUAUGUCUGAAAAGCAAAAUCUGUUUUUGUGCACAUGGUUUACAUACAUUUUAAAUCCAAGUUCCCAGUCAAUGCGUGCAUUUGUUCAAUGUACACACAUCUUCAUUCAAGUCAAAGAAAAGAAAAGAAAAGCAGAAGAAGCAGAAAGUCUCUAUUCAUCGCACGUGUUUUAUUAUUUUGAGCGGCCAAAUCACACAAAUGUUCAGUCACUGACAGAUGAAAUGAUGAAGCCUCACAAACCCACACUACCAUUAAAAUCAGAUGACGGAAAUACAAAUAAAUACUAAGUGUUUUUUAGUUUUUUUUAAUAAGAGGUAGCGUUAGCAGCAAUAAUGACACAACUCAGUGCCUAGAUUUGACAUUUCAUAAAGUUUCAUUUGACUUAUU